AUGGGUUUUAAAAAUUUGAAUAUAGGAUCAUUUGUUGUAAUAAUAUUAAUAUUUAGUAAUAUAUUGAAUAUUAAUGCAACAAAACAAAAUGAUCAUGUAAAUUUUGAAGAAACACAAUCAUUUUCUGAAGAAUUAAUUGUUAAACCUCUUCCAAAAGGAAAGGUAAUGACACAUGCACAAUUUACAACCGAAUGGAAUUCAAAUUUUUUAGAUAAAUCAACUUUUCAACAUUAUGACUUAUUCCCAAGAUCAAUUGGAGAUUUAAUAACAAGAGUUGGAAUUGAAGAGCUUACAUUAGUAUUUACUCAAGGUAGAUGGAGUUAUUCAGAUUGGGGCUAUCCAGUAAGAGCUGCCCCAGUUGGUGUUGAAUUAAUAUCAUGGAUGAAACCAUUACCAGAAAAAGGUGUUGAUGCACAAUGGAAAGAAUUAACAAAUUCAUUAUCAGGUUUAUUUUGUGCUAGUAUGCAAUUUUUAUAUCAAGUACCCCAUCAUACUUCAUUCCCAUCACAAUCAUUUAGACCAGAAGGUUCAUCAAAUAUUUAUUAUAAUGGUGAUAUGGAACAAUCUAGAAAUAGUGUACCAGCAAUUGAAAUUACCAAUCCACAAAAUGGCACAAGCAAGGUUGUACCAUUGGAAUUAAGAUAUGGUAUUUUACCAAGAGAAUCAGUUUGUACAGAGAAUCUUACACCUUGGAUUAAACUUUUACCAUGCCGUGAACAAAGUGGAAUUGGUAAACUUUUAGCACCAAAUAAACUCUAUGAUGUCCAUUAUCAUUCAAUGUCAAUUACAAUUAGAAAGAUUUGUAAAAAUGAAGAUAGCGAAUGUUUAGCACCAACUUUAGAGAUUGUUCAAUCAUUAACCAUAGUGAAUGACUUGAAUCAACAACAAGAAAUAGUAGAGAUUUCAGUCGAUCAAUUACUUGGCAAAAAACAUCAAGAUAGCGGUUUAUCAGCAUGUCCUUUAGCAUCAACAAGUAAAGUUUAUAUUCAAAAACAAGAUAAUUUAGAAACAGGUUUAAAGGUAUCACCAGAUCCAGAAUCGCAACAAUCCAAUCAACAAUAUUUAGUUUACGAUCUUAAAAAAUACAAAGAACCAUUGAAAUUAAAAUUAAAUUGGUACAGAAAUUUCGAUAGAUCAAAUAAAUAUCCAACACCAGUGGUUGCACAUACUCAUUUAACAGGUUAUGGCCAAGAAAGAGGUGGUAUUUCAACUCAAAUUUUUAAUAAUCAAAACCAUCCUGUCAAUAUCACCUAUUUCCAAGCCAUUCCAUGGUAUCUUCGUUUAUAUUUCCAUACUUUAAAAUUUAAUAUCAACAACAAGGAGUAUGCAGAUCGUGACUUCCUCUUUAAGAAAAUUUCUCCAGCUGAAACCCGUUCAUCACCAUCAUCCAUAGAGUUGUCAUUUGAAAUGCCCCCAAAUUCAGUAGCUUCAUUCUCUGUCGAUUUCGACAAAGUAUUUUUACACUAUACAGAGCAUCCACCCGAUGCUAAUAGAGGUUUCGAUUUAGGCUCAGGUGUCGUUACAGCUUAUAUAGAUUUAGAGAAAAAUAAAAAUACACCAUUAAAAGACGAUGCUAUUAAUUUAGAAUGGUCAACAGAGACUUAUCAACACAAAAAACAACAAAGCAUAGUACCAAUUAGAAUCUAUACCGAAGGUUUAUUAAUCACUCUCCCAACUCCAGAUUUCAGUAUGCUUUACAAUGUUAUCACCCUCACUGGCACAGUUUUCGCUCUUUUCUUUGGUUCAAUGUUAAAUAUACUCAUUAGAAGAUUCAAAAAUACUUUUACUGGUAACGAUUUUGUAUCCGACCGUCCUAUUGCAAAAAUAUAUAGAAAGAUUUUAAGAUUUAUUGAUGUUUUAAUAUCAAGCAUAACACUUUUUGAUACUCAUAUAAGUGAUAUACUAUCCACUCAUUCACCGUUAUUAUAUAAAGAAUAUUAUAGUCCUAUUAAAACAAUAACUUUAAAGAAAUAUAAAACAAUUGAAGGUAUUGUAAAAGAUAAUUUAGAAAUAUUAUCAUCACCAAAACCAAUGUAUAAUAAUCAUUCAAGUUUACCAUACGAAGGCGAUUUUAAAAUUUUAAAAACUUUCGAUUAUACUCAUAAAGAACUAAAUGAAUCACAAGAGAUAACAUUAAAUAAUUUAGAUAAAGGAGAAUGGAAUUUCUUUCAAUGGGGCUCCUACGUUGGAAACCAAGGUUCAAUAAAAAGAGAAAAAGGUUUUUUAAGAGUUAACUCUAAUCCAUAUACUGAUAGUUUAGAGCAUAGCUUUGCAGACCACAUCAAGUUUUUAGCUGUUAAUGGUGAUUCAUUCACUAUUCCCGAAACUGGCUCCCUAAUGGUAAACUUUUCAGCUAGAGGUAAAACACAAAACGUUGAUAAACAUCCAUUUGGAAACUUUGUAACCGAUGCCCAAGCUGACUAUAGAUUAGCAAGCAGCGUGCUCAAUGUAUUAGACUUCAAAACAAGUAUUAUAUCCGAUUUCCUUAUUACAAAUAAAAUGGUUUAUGCACUUUACGAAAGAUUAUCAGUUUCAAAACAAAUUUAUGGUGACUAUGCUACAUUUAUUUAUACAGUUCCAGUAUUAAAUGUAGAAAAUGAUAACUCAUUCCAAGAUCUAUCAAUUAUUUAUAAUAAAGAAAAGAAAACUAUCGAAUGGCAUGUAAAUGGUAAAAUGGUAUUUAUGGUAGAUAAAGUCGGUCAUUUCCUUUCAGAUAAAUAUAAAGAAAAUUUAAUCCUCUACACAGGUGGUCAAGAGCAAUCAGUAUUCCCAGAUGCCGUAAAUAUAUGUUUUGGUUCAAUUUCAUUAUUGGAUUCAACUUUUAUUUCAGGUAAAAACAGAUCAGGCUUAGUUCAUCUCGAUAAUCCCGAAACUACAAAAUAUUAUAACCCAUUAAAUAUUAAUGAGGAAUUAAAUUUCUUUAAUAAGGAUUCAAAUAAAUCUUUAUUACUUUUUGGUCAAGGUAAUACCAUUGAUAUUGAAAAAAUUACAAUCUUAAAAAAAUAA